AUGCACGCCCACCUCGGCCUCGCCCUAACCCUCACUCCAAUCAUCAUCCUCUCCCUCAUCAUAACUAUCGGCCGCAUCUUAAACCGCAAGCGAUUCUCCAGCGCCGAUACCUACGAUCUCGAAGCCAAUUCUUCUGAUUCUGAAAAAGAUGAUGAUGUUACUACCAAUAACAUCACUACUACUACCACUGCCGCAAUGAUGCCUUUAAGACCUGCGAGAGCUGCGCUUGCACCACAACGAAUCCAGUGGGAAAUCGGUAGUGGAAAUUGGAAUGGGGUUAUGAUGUGUGGUAAUUUUGUAUCAUAUAGUGAGUAUGAUUUUGGUGAUAAUUUUGGAGUUAUGGGAUAUCAAUGUAUAUGCAGGGAUGGUUUAGGAUACCUAUAUUUGAAUUUUGUAUAA